AGUUACUGUACCUACCUAUCAAGCCAUGAUUCCCAUCAUUGAAGAAACUAAAACCAAUAAAUUAACGAAACUCGUAUCGGAACUUCUAUUAUACAUGUGCAUUGAUUCAUUGGUGCCUCAGCACAUGUAAGGCUGCAAUAAACAAUAGAAAGACACACACACACACUCCAGUUUAUCUAGAAAACUAAACAAACGCUAAAAGUGGGCAAAAUUUUAUUGGAUUGGCAGAGCACCCACUCGUCUUGGAAAUCAGUUAAGAGGUUCGAGCAUAGUUCUUUCCAAGAAAGCAGUUCGUGAAUCGAGUCUGAAGAUGAUGCGCAGAACGUCGUAUUACAGCAGCAACAGCCCAAGAGGUACGCUUUCUUGCCUUAGCUCUACUGCUCGUGCUGCUUCCGUCUGCAAUUUCAUGGCCUUGUUUCAUUCUCAAUCCUCAAACCCAACCACACCUAGAGAAACCCAUAUAGGAAAUCGACCCUUGAAGUCCAGAGUGAGUGAUGUUGAGAAUGCCUCGAAGGUGUUCGAUGAAAUGCUUCAAAGGCGUCCUCUGCCUUCUGUUGUCCGCUUCAAUCAACUCUUGGGCCAACUUGCCAAACUGAAGCACUAUUCAGCAGUCCUCUCUUUGAAUAGACAGAUGGGUCUCAUUGGAAUCGCUUCGGAUGUUUAUACUCUAAACAUCAUCAUUAAUUGCUACUGCCAUUUGAAUCGUAUGGGGUUCGGCUUGUCUGUCUUGGGCCAAUUCUUCAAAUUGGGUCUUCAACCAAGUGUCACCACCUUCACCACUCUAAUCCACGGCUUUGUUCUCCAUAAUAGAGUGGCUGAGGCAGCAACACUUUUCAGCAAAAUGGUGGGGAGAGGUCAUUGUCAGCCCACUGUGUUUACUUUCAACACACUAGUGAAGGGCUUUUGCAUGAUUGGAAACAACAGGGCAGCUAUUCAGUUACUUGGGAAGAUGGAAGAAAGAGGAUGCGAGCCUGACAUAGUUUCCUAUAACACCGUCAUCGACAGUCAUUGUAAGGAUAUACUAGUUGAUCAAGCAUUGAACCUCUUCACAGAAAUGAUUACCAGAGGCAUUGCUCCAGACGUUGUUACUUACACCUCUUUGAUUCAAGGAGUUUGCAAUUUAGGCCAGUGGAAAGAAGCUAAAAGGCUGUUGAAUGAAAUGGUGAGUAAAAAUAUCUUUCCAGAUGUACGCACCUUCACUGUCUUGGUUGAUGCGCUUUGUAAGGAAGGGAUGAUUGUGGAAGCCAAAAGUGUGGUUGAGAUGAUGAUUCAAAGACAUAUUGAGCCUGAUAUCAUUACUUACAACUCACUUAUGGACGGUUACUGUUUGCGAGGAGAAAUGGACGAGGCGAAACAAGUCUUUGAUCUAAUGGUUAGCAAGGGCUCCAUGGUUAAUGUUCGGAGUUGUAACAUAUUGAUAAACGGAUUCUGUAAGCACAAAAAGAUUGAUGAGGCCAAUAAGGUUUUUCAGGAAAUGCGUUGUAUGGGACUUGUUCCUAAUACCGUUACUUUUACCACUCUUAUUGACGGUUUUUGCAAAGUGGGGAGGAUAAAAGAUGCACAAAAGUUGUUCUGUGAGAUGCAAGGUUGUGGCCAGCUUCCAAAUGUUAAUACUUACGCUGUUAUACUUGAUGGCCUAUGUAACAACCAACAACUUUCUAAAGCACUGGAAUUGCUUAGAGAGCUGGAAAGCAACAAGUGGGAACUAAAUAUUGUAAUUUACACUAUUAUCAUUGAUGGUUUGUGCAAAGCUGGGGAAAUGGUUUCUGCUAUAGAUGUCUUCUCUGGUUUGUCAUCAAAAGGAGUACAGCCUAAUGUGAGGACAUAUACCAUAAUGAUUAGUGGAUUUUGUAAAAGAGGCCUAUUAAGUGAAGCAGAAAAUUUGCUAAGAGGAAUGGAAGAGAAAGGCUGUUCUCCAAAUGAUUGUACCUAUAACACAAUUAUCCGAGGUUUUAUCAAUAACAAUGAGACAUCAAGGGCUACGAGACUUAUUCAAGAGAUGCUUGAGAGGGGUUUCUCUGCCGAUGCAUCAACUAUGGAAUUGAUUGUUGAUUUAUUGUCAAAGGAUAUAGUAGAUCCUGCUUUAUUAGCAUUGCUUAAAGAUUCAGUCUGAAGUUAUUUGAAUAUUUGAAAUAAAUUCUUGACCUAUGAUGAUUAGUCUUCCUUUAUAGAUCAACAGUGUUUGAUAGUUACAUUCUAGAGGUAACGGUUUUUUUCUGAUUGUUAUAAACUGGUGUGAUUCUUCUCUGAAAGUAGGUACCAUAAUCCCUAUGAGUUUAGAUUUUA